ACAAAUCCAUUCAUGUGUCCUUGUAGAGUGUCAGCUGGACGGGUGCUGUGUGAUGUCUGCCCAAAUCCUGCUGUGAAGACCUGUGUGACCUGUGGGGAUUCCUACUGCAGGACCUGCAUCAGGCCUCACUACUCUGACCCAGAUCUGGAGAGACACCAGCUACAGGACCUUCAGGAUCAGAGCCUCUGUCAACAGCACCAGAGACAGCUGGAGUUCUACUGCAGGACCGACCAAUCACCAAUCUGCUCACGCUGUUUUCUUAAAGAUCACAAGGGACAUGAUAUCGUGGAGCAGGAUGCACACGAGACACAAUGCAAAGUUACGAAAACAGGAGGUGUUCCUCCACCUGGGCAGAUCCAGUUCCCCUCAGUGCAGCCAGAUUCUGUGACUUUAAGAUGGUCACCACCAGAGGGCGCUCCUGGCCCCCACAGGUACAGGGUGACCAGGAGACGAGGCCAAGAGCAGCGCAGCAUCGUGGUGACGGGUCUUCAGAUGGAGGUGACAGGUCUUCUUCCAGGAGAGAAGUACCACUUUACUGUGGCCACCCUCAGUGAAGAUGGCCGCCAGAGCCCAUGCGUGGAGGGAUCUGUACACACAGGUGAGGAUUAACACCUGAUUUGUGGUCAGUCCAUAACUGUUUAGUGUUAGAAAUUUGUGAAAACUCUCUAACUUACAUAUCAUGAAAAAACUACCAUAGACUGACCACACAUUUCAUCCAAGUGUUACAACCCUGGCACAGGGGGAAGCAACACAAUGAGAACAGGAAAACCCAAACUUAACACACAUUGGUGCGAGUUGGUACAUCAGAGAAGAGAUCUGGGUGUUUCUCAAUUAUCUGAAUAAUCAGGGGCUUCAAGGAGGACAUGUUAGCCAAGAUAUUAGAGUUUUGGAACCUGGCCUAAGAAAUCUCUGCCGAGCUGGCAGACUCUGUAUCAUGGACAGAACUGGACAAACUGGUUCAACAGAAGCAUCACCAAGCACCUCUGUUUUGCUAUUGACUUAACUACAGGUCUCCAUAGUAAUUGCAUCCUCCGGCACCAUAGUGUAGGGUCUGUUUUUUAUUGUAUUGUUUUGCCAAACCCUGUUCGAUCUAAAUCUAAAUUGCCAUAAGAAUGUCAGAAAGAACGAUGUCA